CAACCACAACAAACGAUUGCACAAUUGUCAAUGGCAGACGUGUUGUUGCCAUUUCCACCUCUGACCGACGUUUGUAUAAUUUCCAUUGUUGCGGGCCAAAUCUAAUUGGAUUAGGGGAAAGAAAACCUCACGCCGCCCGGCCCAGCAGCAGUCACAAGGGGAACACGCAGCGGGUCUGAUGGCGUGGCGGAACCACAACUAGAGCUGGAAAUCCCUUCAGGAAUAGGAUUACAUAUAGAGAGAACCCAGUCAUGAGCGAGCGCCCCAUAAAACCCAUCUUCAAGCGAAGGACGAGCGCCUCCACGAAAAGCGUCAGCGGGGGCCCACCAAUCAUCGACUAUGAGCGCAUGGAGGGGGAGACUGGAGCCAAGGUUGUGCCUACAGCAGCUGUGGUUCCACCUCCACCACCAGCACCAACCACUGGCAAACUGAUGUUGAAGUUGAGCUCCUCAAAGAUUUCCCUGCGUAAGAAUCCUCCCCAGGGACAGGGACAGCUACAGCUGCUACAGACACUGCCCAUUGCCGAGGCAGUGCGUCGUAAGUCGGCGCCACAGCUGUUCACCUUUGCCAUUGCACCCAAGGUGGAGGGUACCUUGGCGGACACGCCCACAGUGCCCAAACUAGAGCUGAGCAACUGCAUCAUUCGACGCUCGCGGACACUGGGAUUGGCGGGGCCCGUUCAACCCACACUGACGGAGAUACCCCUGGAGGAGGCCCAAGUUCAGGACAGUGGGAGUGAGCAAAGCAGCAGCCUGGCUGGCGGAGGUGGCAGUUCCACCUCGCCAGAGUCGCUGCUGGACAACAUCUUGAGCGGGGCCUCGUCCGUGUCCGUGCAGAGUAGCAGCAGCAGUCAGGCCAGCAAUGUGACGGUGGCACAGCCACAGAUCAGAGCCAAGCCAGAGCAGCUGCAACCCAAGCGAUUGCUGAGUCUCAAGGCCUCGCCCGAGCUUAGGGUGUCGCCACCCACGCCGGACACGGCACAGCCCAGGCAGGAGAUGCUGCCGCGAUUACUACUCCCAUCCGUGGAGCGGCCACCCACACUGGAGAUCUACAAUGCACACAGUCCCAUGAUCAGAAGUCGCUCCAAUUCGCCAGCCAUCACGCCCUCACCCUCACCGAGCAUUACGCUGAGACCCAGCACGCCGCCAGAGACAAUUUUGAUCACCUUCGGUGAUGAGUUGAAGUGUGCCAUCUGCAUGGAUGUCUACACGGAUCCGCGAACCCUACACUGCCUGCACUCCUUUUGCCUGCAGUGUUUGGUCAAUGAGAACUUUAAGGAGGAGGCCUGCGCCACGUGGGAUCACUCACAGAGCGAGGUUCCCUCCAACUACAGUCUGCGCUCGGAGAUGGGCGGCUCGAGUGCCGAACUGGCGACUGUCUCCCCUGCCCGACAGCGUGGUGCCAGCUUCAGUUUGAGGCGCAAAAAGUCCAUGGAUCGAUUGGUAGUUCGGUCCAAGAGUGAUGGCAAGCGUUCCACUAGUUCCUUUAGCACUCGCUUCACGGGCAGCUUUGUCAGCGACAUUGCUCCACGCUGCAUACGCUGCCAUGUGUGUCAGUAUCCCACGGAUGUGCCACUGGGUGGAGUGCGUCUGCUACCACAGAACUAUUUGCUGGUGCGGCGCAUCGAAGUGCUGCGACUGCAGGCAGGCGAAGAUGUCAUCUCGAGGGUCUGGUGUUCGCUCUGCAGCGAUGAGAUUAGUGCCACUUAUCACUGCAUCAGUUGCACCCUCAAUCUGUGCUCGCUGUGCAAGGACGCCCACGAGCGGCAGCGUUCCACAGCCAAUCAUCGCAUGAGAAGCAUCCUGGAGCUCCGGCGCGCACGCAAGCAAAAGCAGCAGCAGUUGGGCCUGGGAGACAGCAGCAAGCUGGUGCUCAAGUGUGGCCUCCACACCAACUUUGAGCUUAAGGCCUUCUGUGUGGUGUGUCGACAGUUGGCUUGCACGGACUGCCUAGUGCUGCUGCACAAGGGACAUCGCCACGAGACCGUUGCGCGGGCCAUUGGCCAGCAGAGUAAGCUGCUCCGGGAAGCCACCGAUCAGACGCGUCCGCUGUGUCAGUAUGCUGAGCAUUCCAUCGAAAGAUUAAACGAUAUAGCCAGAGGCAUCAAUGCUAGAUGCGAUGACAUACACAACCAGGUGGAGCGGCAUAUGCAGGGCUACUUCGAGGCAGUGGAAGUGCAUCGGCGGACGCUCCUACAGCAAAUAAGUCGCGCCAGGGAGUCCAAGGUAGAGAUAAUACUCAAGCAGCAAUUGGAUUUGGAAAAACGCACGCAGGAGGCCAUGGAUGCUGUACACUUCAGCCAGGAGCUGUCCGAAAUCGGUGCCGAUGCAGAGAUACUCAGCUUUGUGGGCAUUCUCCUCAAGCGCUUCGAAUUCUGUCAACAAUUCAAGCCCCCGGUGGAUCCCAAGAUCUCCGAUUCGCUGCACUUUCUACCCAAGAUACGGGCACCGGCCACCAAGGAGCAGCGGGAUAUUCCCCUCUAUGGCAUCAUUACCAUGCAGGUGGUGGAGCCAUCGCUGUGCACCCUCGAGUGGGAGGGCUUCUCGCAGCUGCGACUCCACAGGAAGGCCGAUCUAAUGCUGCACUCUCGUGAUGCGGAUGGCGUUUCCCUCUGUCAUGGUGGUCUGCAGAUCAAUUGUAUGAUCAAGUACAAGGACUCCACGUCCAAGUUUCUGCCCAUCGAUGUCCGCCUGUUAGCACUACCGUGGAUGUUGUAG